CGCCUCAUUUGCUAACAAUCGCUUUUAGUUGGAUCGCUUGCCGGCUCUACACUUCAGUUACGUUUUAAAGCGCGAGUCGAUCGUUUGCUUCGAGUGAGCGGGUGCAAAAUAAAAGUUUUAAUUGGAAUACACGACAGUAAAUAAAACACGAUGAAGUCCUUUUCGCUGUUCGCCGCUUUGUUGUUGCUCUUCGCUGCAUUCGCGACGCUGACACAAGCCUCGUUCUGCCCCUGCGAUCUCACGCAGAAGGGACAAAUAUGCGGCUCCAACGGCAUUACCUACAAGAAUCGCUGCGAGUUCGAGUGCACGCAGAAGGACUACAAAAAGCUGGGACGCACGCUGAACAUUGCGAAGACGGGCCCAUGCUAAGCGUCACUUAAUUGCGAUUGGCAGCGUGGGGGAGUUGCGCCACAACGACAGGCAGUUGGUUACAAGCGUAAAUGGCAACUGUCAAUGAGAGAGAGGUGGAGCGAGAGAGGAAGGAGUGCUGGGUGCGAAUGUGGUUUGUUGUGCGGCGGCGGAAGGAAGUCUACAGGAAGCAUUGGUGUUUUAACGGGAAAUUGAGUGAAAGCAAGGUGUACGCUACGCCACACUAAAGUAAUAUUAUACGUAAUAUUGCACACAUAUAUACUAUACAUGUAGAUUUAAGUUUAAAAUCCUGAGAUUUCCAGCACUUUUCGUGUUUAUAUUAUCAAUUAUUAAAAUGAAUUAAUAAAUAAUAAGCUGUUCGGCUGAAAUUAAAUUUA